CUCUUCUCUCUCUCGGAAGGAAGUCAUUAAGCAAGAAAACAUGUUAGGGUUCAAUUCUGUCAUACACCCAUCUUUAUCAAUUUCAUCCCCAAACCCAUCGAUUUCCAGGUCCCUUACAAUCAUUCGCACCCUAAACUUGCCAUCUUUACCCUUCAAAUCUCGAUUGCAACAGAACCCUAGAAAAUUAUCGACCCAUGCAGAGAAUGGUAAGGGCAAUAAUAGUAAUGGGGGUGUGAACACAGAUACGGAGGAAAGAGAAAAAAGAGAGAAUGGGUUCAACGUUAAUAACGGUGGCAGAGAAGAAGAUGUGAAGAAGGAAGAGGGAAAUGGAGGGCCCAGAUUCAAUCUAAAGUGGGUCAAUCUGUUGUUGGACCCAGACCCAGAUAACAUCCUAGCCGUUGGAUUGACGGGUGUUCUUGCUUGGGCAAGUUUGCAAGUGUUGGGGCAGCUCUUCUUCAUAUCAUUGGCUAUUUUGCUUGCUGCUCUCAAGUAUUCCUUCAUUGCUGCUCUUCUCAUUUUCAUCCUUAUUACCCUCCUUUGAGGUCACUUAUAUAUAUGUUUUUACCUAAAUUUAACCUGCAUAUUA